AUGGUUCGAUACGGAAGAAAAUAUCGACGAGGUGUUCAAUUGAAUAAUAAUCGUCGUUCAUCAUCUAUAACUAAAACCAGUCGUAUUCAUCUUUAUAAUUUUUUUUCAACAAUUCGCUCAAGAUUGACUUGUUUAAUUGGUUAUAAAUGUUCAACAAUGUCACUUAUAUUUCAUCGUACUCGUCUUAAAUCUCGUUAUAUAUUAUCAAUAUUUGUUGGUCUCUCACUUGGUUUUGCUUUAAGUUUAGCAUGUUUACCAAUAAUAAGUGUGUGUGACAAUCCUUUGUCACUUUUUUCUGAACCAUUUGCAUCUUCAUUUAAUAUACGUUUUGGUAAUGAUACAUUUUCAUUGCAUGAUAAAUUUGAUCCAUUUCGAAUAUUAAAUCGAGAACCACGUUCAGUUGUUGAUGUAACACUUGUUGAUUAUGGUAGUAAAGAUUAUGAACCGCAAAUACAUCCACCACAAUUAGAAAUAAAUUUAAAUAAUAAUAAAUCAUUAUCAACAUCAACACAACCAUCAAAUACAUCGAAAGUAACACGACCUCGUUAUAUCGCUGAUGAAUUAGGUAUACGUGAAAAAGUUCUUGUUGCUAUAUUAACUGAACCAAAUCAUUUAAAUACAUUUGCUUUUUUUCUUAAUCAAACAUUACAAGAUCAUGUUAAUCGUUUAUUAUUUUUUAUUGAUGAAGAUGCACAAGAUUUUCCUCGAAGUAUGCAAGUUAUUUCUGUACAUGAUAAACGUGCUUAUUUAAAACCAUUUUAUGUAUUAAAAUAUCUUGCUGAAAAAAUGAUUAAAUUAUAUGAUUGGUUUGUACUUUUACCUGAUAAUACAUUUGUACGAGGUUAUAAAUUAAAUGAAUUUUUAAAUCAUAUUAGUAUUAGUCAAGAUCUUUACAUGGGACAAGCAUUUGAUGAUGUACAUGCUGUUUAUUGUUAUUUUGGGUCGGGUAUUAUUUUAUCAGGAACUGUACUUCGCAAAAUACUUGAUGAACUUGAUUGGUGUACAAAUAAUGCUUAUUCACAAGAUUUAACUGAUAAUAUUGGACGGUGUAUUUUAAAAGCAGCUAAAUUACCUUGUACUAAUACAGCCAGUAAUUAUAAAUUUACAGCUUAUGUUAAUUAUCGAUUCGAAUAUGAUACAGAUAUUGAUAGAUUAUCUAAAAGUGAAGAUUUUAAUCAAACAUUAACAGUUCAUCCAAUAAAUGAUCUUGAAACAAUGCUUAAACUUCAAAAAUAUUUUAAUCAAGUUGAAAUUGAUGAAAUGACAAAAAGUAUAUCCAAAUAUGAAGAAACAAUUGAAGAACUAUCAUGUUAUGCACCUGAAGGUUGUGGAAAUAUUCCAUGGCCAGUUGGUGUAUCACCAUCAUUUAAACCACCAACACGAUUUGAUGUACUUCGUUGGGAUUUUUUUAAUGAAACACAUAUCUAUUUAAAAACAGAUAAUGAUGUAAUCAAUCCAAUGGAUGAUGGUGAUUAUGAAGAUGUACAUGAAGUUAUUGAUCAUGCUAUCGAACAAUUACAAAAUAAAUAUGGAAUUCAAUUAAAAUUGAAAAAAUUAAUUAAUGGUUACCGUCAAUUUGAUCCAACACGAGGUACACAUUAUAUUAUGGAUUUGUCACUUAUUGAUAAAAAUCAAAUAGAAUAUAUUAAACGUGUAGAAUUAAUGCGACCAUUGGGUCUUGUUGAAAUAAUUCCAAUGCCAUUUGUUACUGAAACAACUAAAAUCUUUCUUAUCUUACCUAUAUAUACAGAUGAACAAUCAAUUGCAAUACGUUUUCUUCGUCAUGCUAAUAAAACAUUAUUUGAUAAAGAAACUCGUGAUAAAUUUGAAUUACUUCUUACACAUGUUGUUGUAACAAAACAUGAAUUAUCUCAAACACAAAAAUGGUUUGAUAAUCUACGUCAUGAAAUUGAUUUACUACAUCGUACACGACCUCAAUUAACAGUAACAUAUCAUACUGUACUUUUCCCAUCAUCAACAAUAACACGUUAUACACAUUCAACAUAUAUAUUAGAUUUUUUUGAAACAAAACUUCGAACAAAUUCCUUAAUAUUUUUAACAAAUCCAUAUGUUAAUAUUGAAUCAGACUUUUUAAAUCGUUGUCGUUUAAAUGUUAUUGAAAAUGUACAAAUUUUUUUUCCUAUUGCUUUUUAUCAAUAUCAUCCACAUAUUAUAAUACGUACACAUCAUAUGACAGAUAAUUCUACAAUUGAUUUACAUAAAUCACAUGGUUGGUUUAAUUCCUAUGCAUUUGAUCAUUUUGGAAUUUAUAUGAGUGAUUAUUUAAAUUUAAAAAAAUUAGUUUUAUCAAAUAAUAUAUCAUUAUCAUCAGUCAAUCUUUAUGAUUUAUUUGUACAAUUAACUGAUAUACAUAUUUUACGUGCACCUGAUCAAUCAUUACGUGUUCAUUAUAAAUCAAUAAAAUGUGAUUCAAUAAAACGAACGAAUAUAAUUGAAUAUAAUCGAUGUUUAAUGCAAAGAGAAAAAGGUUUAGCAUCACGUAGUCAAUUGGCUAUGAUUAUUAUUGAAAAUGAACCAACGAAAAAAACGACAAGAAAAAAAGAUAAAAAAUAA